CAGGCAGAAGAGAAGAAGAAGAACAGCAUGAGCUAAUUUAUUCAGUCCCUCAUCUCCACUGAUCUUCCUCAACUUCUCCCACCUGGUGAGCCGUCCUCAUUACUCUGCAUUGUUUUUCUGUUUUGUUGCAGGAAACUGCUGAUGCAGAGCUGAUCCACCGAUGCUGACAGAGAAGAAACAACAGGACAACUUCUACAUUUGAAUUUCUACUUGUAUCAGUCAUGCUUCUGAAGCUCCAUCAGACGUUCCUGAAUCCUGCUCAUGACCUGUGCUUCCUCUCUGCUUCCUCCUCUCCUCUCCUGGUCCUCCUGUCAUCUCCGUUCUGAUCCCCUGUAGGAGUUCAGCCUCAGGCCUCCGAGUUGAACCCACCAACCCAUCCCAUCCGCUUCCCUCCCCGUCUUCCAUCCAACUGCCAUGUCUAACGACACAACCUUCUUGGAGGCCACUGAUUGGUUAGACACCUCGCAGUGCCCACCCUCAGUGGGCGGCGCUACGUUCCUGAUUGUAGCAUACAGUGCAGUCAUUGCCAUCGGGUUGCUGGGCAAUGCAGGCCUUGUAUUUAUCAUCACCCGGCAACAGGAGUUGCGCAACGUCACCAACAUCCUGAUCGCCAACCUGUCGUGCUCGGACAUCCUGAUGUGCGUGGUGUGUCUGCCGGUCACUGUCAUCUACACACUGAUGGACCACUGGGUGCUGGGGGAGGCCCUGUGUAAGGUGACGCCCUUUGUCCAGUGCAUGUCUGUGACCGUGUCCAUCUUCUCCCUCGUGCUCAUCGCUCUGGAGCGCCACCAGCUGAUCCUCCACCCCACCGGCUGGACCCCCGCGGCCGGGCACUCCUACCUUGCAGUGGGACUCACGUGGCUGGUCGGCUGCUUCAUCUCGCUGCCCUUCCUGUCCUUCAACAUCCUCACUAAUGACCCCUUCCAGAACAUCAGUCUGCCCUCCAACCCGUUCAGGGACCAUUUGAUCUGCAUGGAGUUGUGGCCGUCAGACAAACAUCGCCUUGCCUACACAACCUCUUUGCUGAUCUUCCAGUACUGCCUGCCUCUCCUCUUGGUGCUGCUCUGCUACCUGAGGAUCUUCAUGCGCCUGAGACGCCGCAGGUCACACAGCUACACUCUCCCUCAUGCACUUCAAAAGUCUUCUCACCACAGGGACAUGCUGGAGCGCAGCAGGAGGACCCGGGGAGCGCAGAGGAUCAAUGUCAUGCUGCUAGCCAUCGUCAUCGCGUUUGCUCUCUGCUGGCUCCCUCUGAAUGUCUUCAACACUCUGUUUGACUGGCAUCACCAGGCCCUGCCAAAAUGUCAGCAUGACGCUGUCUUCUCCGCUUGCCACCUCACAGCCAUGGCCUCCACGUGCAUCAACCCCGUGGUGUACGGCUUCCUCAACAGCAACUUCCAGCGGGAGCUGCGGACGACGCUGCAGCGCUGCCAGUGUGGUACCCGGGCAGGCGAGAGCUAUGAGAGCUUCCCUUUGUCUACGGUGGGCAGUGAGGGCAUAACAAAGGCCACUUCGCUCAACAGGAUGGGAUCUGUGUGUGUCCCCUCACCCAGACCUGAGAUCAGCUCGGCUCUGCUGUCCAAAACAUUACCAGCUAACUUAUAACAAUACGGACCGGAGAAAUCUUUGACAAGAUCCUAAGUGUGGAGUGGUUGUUAGAGCGUCAGUUGUGUGUAACUGAAGAAGAUCAACUUUGAGCAAGUCCAACUCUGUCCUCACUUGAACCUGGCUGAAAAUAGUCUAGUGCUAUUUCAAGCUAAGAUUUGACAGCAUAUUGUUCUUGUUGUGACUGAUCAUCAUCUCAAAACUUUGAAUACUGGAUGUAACAGAGAGAACAACAAAACUGAGGAAGCUGGAGGACCUGAACUGUUCUGGUGUAACCCUCCUGGGAAGGUUCAGCUUUCCAGUUCCAGUCAUUGUGACAAAUCAACCUCAUACCAGACAUUUUAACGUUUUUGGUGAAAAACACAUUUUACUGUUUACACACAUGAACAAAAUUGCUGGUACCCCACAAUCACCACUGAAAUAACCUGAAACUGACAAAUCAGGGUUUGCUUUUGAAUUGUGAUUCAACAGAAUCCUUUUGAAAAUGAACCAAGGAAACCACAAUGAACCACAGGAAGCAAAGGAGAGAUUUGUCCCAGAAGAUUAGAAAGAAAACAUGCAAAAGGUAAAGACUACCAGCGCACCGCUAAGCAGAUUGAUGCUCCUAUGACUGAGAGGAAUUGAUGACAGAUUGAAGAGAAGGAGAAUACAAAUGGAAACCAAAGAGCCCUCAACAUAACACAAUUACAGGUCACGGUCCAUCAGCCUGAACAAUACAUCUUGUCUGAGCCAAAGUGGACUUCAUGGGAGAAGUCACGGUUAAAAGCAAAUUACUCAAAAGCGAGACUGGAAUUUGUUAUAUUGCAUAUUAACAAGCCAUAGCUCUUCUGGGAAAAUGUCCUUUGGACAAACGAGACAAUACUGGAUGUUUUUACCAACAUGAAACAGAUCUGCAUUCAGAGACCAAAAUUGAUUCAUAUCAAAAAAAUGUUAUAAAAAAAAUAUACUAUGAAACAUGGAUGAGACUCAGUUCUGAUCAGGGGCAGCUUUCCUACAUCUGUCAGUGGGUUCAGGAUACGAUGAGAUCUUGAGACUAUCAAGGCAUUUUGGACAAAAAUCGACAAUCUUGUCAGAAAACUUGGUCUUAGGUGUAGGCCAGGGGUCUUCCAACAGGAUAACGGCCCAAACACAGCGAGAAAAACCUAAGAAUGGAUAAGAAAGAAAUGUUGCACCAUUCUGAACUGGUCGGUUUCAAACGGCUGGUACCAGUCAUUCAUUAACAGAGGGAUACCAUCAAGUUUGUCCAUGUGAGUAACAGAUGAACAUGUUUGUAAGUGCUGAGGUUUUGUUUAUGAUCGUUCAUUCUUUAAAAUGUCUUUCUUUGUGGCCUUUGUUUGUUUGAAAGUUAUCUGACAGGAAGAGCUCAGAGAGAAGCAGGGAGAGAAGAGAGCAGAAUUUAGGAUGACCAUGUUGAGAUCUCUUGCCUCUGCAUACGUCUGCGUUUUUUUACAUGUGGAACAGAAUGCUAAGUAAGCUUUUUAAGAAAAAAUGCUUAAAGGAAAAAAACAGAUUGAAAUUGGUUACAGUAUUCUGUCUCUGCAGAAAAUAAAUAAUGUUAUAGAUCAAACUGGCUGCAUCAUUACGUCGGUUCAAUGCGUGUUGCAAUUUACAGAGCAGGUAAGCUGUUAUCAUUAUCUACACCACCACAAGGCGGAUGGGGGGAAAGAAUACCAUACCAGUACAAAUAUGAGAAAGUGCCAUGAAUUUGUUUCAUCCACUUUGUGAUUCCCCCAUUCAGACGUUGCAGCACCAACUAUGAUGUGUCAUUUGGUCCCGUUUGGAUACAUGAAAUGUUCUCAAUAAUUCCAGACUAUCUCAUUGUCACUUUCCUAACAUGUCUUUUUUUUUUGACCAAAAGAUGAUUUAGACAAAAAAAAUAAAUCACUUUUGGAAAAAAACAAAAAGAUGUAGGUCAUUAUUUCAGGAAGGUGACAUUAUUGCUUCUGUUGAAUUUGCAUAAUUAAGGUUAUUGAGUUUUGUGGCCUUCAUUACUCUUGAGAAAUGUGACAUGGGUAAAUCUAAGUGAUGUUAGUUUUUAAUAUAGCAUAGGUGAUUGAAUGUAUUAAUAAUUUUACUCUAACAUUAGCAGAUCUGGUGGUGGUGUUGACCUCCCACUGGUGUGAAGUAGCUUUGUUUUUAACGGUGAAGUGAACAGUUGUAGUGAGGCUCGUCUGUUUCUACCUGAGUAUCCAGGUUCUAUGUUAAAGAUUUACAACUUGUACAACUUGUGUAAACUGGGACAAUUUAUACAAUAAAUCUUUACAAUAAUGACAAGCCCAGUAUGAACUUUGAAACACUUAAGCUCAUUGGUAUUUCUUUAGAAAUACUAGUGGUUAAAAUCUAGUCACCAUCACUGUACUAUAACUUCACAUUGCAGAUGCUAUUAGUGAUCAUUUUGUAUGAGCUGCUUGGACCAGUUGAUACUUGAGUCAUUCAAGUGGCUGAAAUGUGUCUGUGAUGAUACAUAUGAUUUAUGACGAUACAUAUGGCUGUUACUGACACUCUUUAGUCCUGCUUUGUCUCCAUGAUUUGUUAAGUUAGCUACAAUGCUGAGGUUUUAGCACCUUCUUUAUCCAUGAAUUUCCCAUUUUGGUAGAAAAAUCCAUAAAGGGACUUCAAAGUGCUAGACAUAUACCAGCUUAGGGUGUAAUGUAAAUUUCUGAGCCAUUCAGUACAAACUAUGUCCAUGAGUGGUGAACUGAGGGCUCAUGGAUAUCUCCCACACACUUUGCUACCUCUGACAUUUGAAGAACAGAAAUAUGUACAUUUGUAAAGCAACAUUAAAAUUCAAUGACGGUAGCCUUGAUGAGAAAGCCAAGGCAUGUGGUACAACCAGAUAAGUAAAACUAUUUCAUCUCUCUCUCUCUCUGUUGGUGCUGGGAAAACAAUAUUUGCCCCUUUAAAUAAUUCUUCUGUUUCUGGGACUUUCAUUGCACCUGCAACAAAAGGCAUGGUCUUCAGGGGGCUGGUGCGUAUCUCCAAAAACAGUUUUCAUCUGUGUAACCUGUGUGAUGUAACACAGGUUACAUUGUGGACAGGUCACCAGUCCAACAGGCCAAGAUCAUCACAUUUUACAAUUAGUCUAAAGGGAUCUGAGUAAAAACACACAGCAAUCUUCAAAUGAUAGUUGCCUUUAUAAUCUACGCUGGCCCUAUGUGAAUACAUAGUCCCUCUGCAUUUUUAAUGUAUUGACUGUGAUCAACCUUAAUAUCUACAGAUCUUUAUUGUUUGAGCUGAAGUGUUCUUGGGUUAUGCAGCAAGAUAAGCAUAAUACAGCUAAUCCAUAACUGAAUGGCUCAAAGGCAUGAAAUGAAGUAUACAUACAUAUAUAUAUAAGUAAGGAUACCACACUGUGCUCAUUCAUUCAUUCAUUCAUUCAUUCAUUCAUUCAGAAGUGCCAUAUUGUCCUGAACUGAACACAGCUGUUUAAUAAUCCUACUCGACCCACUGAACUCGUUUCAAGAAGGUUUUUUAGAUUUUAGACUUCAGAAAAAUGAAACUCCAUUAAAUACUGUCUUCAAAAAUAUGCAAAUGGAAUACAUGUUUUAAAUAUCUGUAAGCUAACACACAAGGUCAAACACAUUCGAUGUUAAUGGUGCAGGGAACCCUUUUAGAGAGUUACUGAAAGUAAUAUUGAUUUAUAAGAGUUGAACUUGUUAGAGAUUGUGUCGGUAGCUUAACAAGUUGAAUCUACUUUUAAGGGAAGGAAAAAAUGGCUGCAGAGUGAAUAAGCAAAUGAAUGUCAUUGUAAGAUAUGUUUAUGAAAUAUGUACAACAUUCAGAGGUUUUAUUUUCUAGGUGAUUGAUCUGAGCCGACUCUUAGUUCUUCUUCAUUGUAUUUUCUCAUGCUGUGAUUUUUGUAUGUUUGUCAUAGAUGCUAUAUUACUGUACAUGAGCUUAUGUAUGAUUUGAUCUGUGGAGAAAAGAAUCCAAAUAAACUACUUUC